ACAGACAGGUGUGAGAACCAAACUCAGGUCUUCUGGAAGAACAGCAAGUACCUUUCACAACUGGGCCGCCUCUCUAGCCCACAAGAAAUAUCUUGUUGUUGUUUGUUUGUUUGUUUUUUGUGUCAGGGUUUCCCUGUAUAGCCAUGGCUGUCCUGGAAUUCUCUCUGUAGACCAGGCUGGCCUUGAACUCAAAAUUUCACUUGCCUCAGAGUCCCUAGUGCUGGGAUUAAAGGUGUACACUCCCACUGCCCAGCUAAGAAAUACAUCUUUUAAAAAAGUAUGCAAGCCAAAAGCUCUCCAGUGCUGGUACUGAGGAAAAAUGCACUCAGUUAAUAGUAUUUCUCACAAGGAACUUAUUUAAUGAUCUUCUAACUUGGGUCAUUUAUAAUCUUUUUGUGUCUAAAAUAUCACUUUGAUAAAUAGCCGUAUAGUAAAACUUCCAUAUCGACAAUUCUAGAAUGUAGAUUUAUUUUGCUUUGUUUGUUUGCUUGCUUUCUGAGACUGGGUUUCUCUGUGUAUCCCUGGCUGUCCUGGAACUCACUUUGUAGUCCAGGAUGGCCUACAACUCCCAGAGAUCCUCCUGUCACCGCCUCGCCAGUGUUGGGAUCAAAGGUGUGCGCCACCACCGCCUGACUGAAUGUAGAUAUUUUCAAACUCAGUAAGCUACAAUGUGAGAGGCACUAUCUUGAAGCUAGAAAUCACUUAAAAAAUUAAAAAUCAAAAAACAAACAAACAAAAAACUCCAUGGUACUAACAACGUCUUUAAAAACAAACUAAGAAAUACUGGGAGCAGAGAGAUGGCUCGGCAAUCAAGAACAGUGGCUGCUCUUCUCGAGGACCUAACUUUGAUCCCAGGCGCCCACGUGAUGGCUCACAACCAUCCCAGUUCCAAGGCAUCCCAUGCCCUCUCCUGGCCUCUGCAAGCUCAAGGCACACAGUGGCACACACACAUACAUGCAGGUUUCUUUAGUCACUUAACCUAUUUUUUGGCUGCUGGUGCUGUUAGUCUGGGAAUUGGAUUCUUUGCUUUGGCAUCAGCUCUGUGGUUCCUGAUUUGCAAACGAAGAGAAAUAUUUGAGAGUUCCAAUUUUAAGGCCAUCAGUGAAAAGGUGAACCAAGGAUCAUGCAAACCAAAGCUUAAAGCUCACCCUCAGUGUGUUUUCAUUUCCCGGAACUUCCAUGUCGGCCAGUCACAACAGGUGGAGAAAAAAGAAAGGGAAGAAGAACAAAUAAAAGACAGAGUCCCACUACUUAACGCUACCUGGGCUGGACUGAAGAGCUCAAACUCUGUUCUGCCUUGGCCUCCCAAGUGUAGGACUGCACCAGCUAUCAGAAAUCACUCUAAAGUUGAAUUCUGCACCCUGGAUCCCGCCAGCCGUGAGUCCCCUGAGAUGACCUCAGUAGUCAAUGGCAGCAGUGUGGCAACAAUGAGUGUAUCAACAUCCAUGUCUAGUUCUUACUGCAGCCAAAGCGUAGAAGCAGCUGAAGACUGGUUUUCUGAUAAUUCUCUUGAAGCCAAGAACCCCUCAAAGCCUUUGCUCGGGGAGCCUCUAGCCGAGAAGGUGCUUGCAUACCUGUCAUCCAUUUCAUUAGAAGAAUGGCCUGGAAACUCAGCGAACACAACAUUUUGUAGUGCAGAAAAAGCUGAGAGCGUUAAGGAAAUGUUUGUACAAAAAAACACAGAGGUUAGCAAACACAACCUUCAGUUUGACAUUGAAUGACUUUUUUUUUCUUUUGAAACCUGGUAUAGAAUGAAAGCAGGUAAAGUUAAAACUGCACCAUGAACUUCUGAGUCUCUUAUCAUGUCUGUACUAAUAUUGCUUUUCUUGUUCUUUAUCAUAAAGUGGCUCCAGCCCUUACUGGGUUUUAUACGUUUA